CGAGCGGCGUUUUCUCGCGGAUGCUGAGGAUCUGCAGGGAAUGACCUCCUACGGCUGAAGUUCUGGAGUGGAGGAGCUGCUCUUGUUGCUAGGGAAAAGUUGAUAUCAACUCCUGACUUCAUCUACUCAAGAUCAAUAACUCAAACAACGGUGUGAAAGAUGCAAAUGCUUGAAUUAGCUUUAAAAGCUGAGAAAGCUCCAGACCUCAAGGGAGGAUCAUCAAAGCUGUUCUUGAGAGCUUGAGAAUACAGAACCAACAUGAGUGUGAAUGAUCGUGCCAGACCCUUUGGGGGUAGCACUGAAGAUGGCUGUAGGGAAAUGAGGAACAACAAUGGACAUGCGGAGGAUUCCCUGGAUGGAGAUGCCAGUGCUAAUGAAAUCCAAAGGGAACAUGGAGGAAUUUUGGAGGUUAUUGACAAACUGACCUCUGUGGUACCUCAGACUGAGAAACGGAGUAAGAUGAUUAUUCAGGGCACAGAUUCCCCGUGUGAUGACCCAGAGCUGGCUGAGUUUGAGAUGCUUGAAAGUCAGGAACUAGAAAAUGAGGAAGAGAGCAAUAGUCCUAAAGAUAACCUGAAGGGGUCUCCAUCCACCAUUGUGAUGAAGACCAAAGCAAAAUCUCCAAGAGAUAAAGAUGGACCCUCCCAGCUAACUUUAAAAGAGCAGGAUUCCACCAUUUGCCCUCAGUGCACUAGCAAAGAAGCACCGGGAUGCAUAACAAGGGCUGAGUUUAGCUCUGAAAAUGAUGUUUUUGUGUCUUGCCUCUCCACAAUGUCUAGUCUUGGAGGAAGUCUUGCUAGUGCCCUGGACCAUGCCGGUCGAACCCAGAGCUCUGAUUCAUGGCAUGCACCCUCAGGACCAUACCGAACUCUCUCGGAGGACCUAACACUUGCCUCACUGUCUUGUCUGACCAAAUCAGACAAAAGUCGGAGCUCCCUACACACAGGAAAAAGUACAUCAAACAACAUUAGUGUUGAUCUCAACCUCAACUCAACCACUUUGCCAGAAGAACCUCUUUUAGAAGCACAAGAAAACCAACCAGCUACAGACUUUGCAACAUAUGAGAACUCAGUCCAACUGAAAAAUGAUGUGAGUGAAUGUAGCAUUACUACGGCCAAAAGGGUCCCUAAUGAAUCUGGAAGUGCUAGUGAGGACAAUCAAGGAGAACCUGGCAUUCAUAUUAAGGAGCACCAUGUAACAGAAGACAAGGAUCCAAAUUUGGAAACAUCAACUCAGAACUCUUGCCAGCCUGUAAUCUCUGAAAACACACAGUCUACUUCACGUACUAGAAGGUUCUCCCAUGAUUCCAGUGGUGAUAUACAGAAUAAACUCAAAUCCCAUUACGAAGAAUGUUCUGACCUGAAUUUAAACUCCUCUACAGUAACCUCAAAGGUUACACCAGUCCAUUCUGGUGGGUCUGAACCCCAACCGUACAGGAAGAAAGCAACUUUUGAAAAAACACGAAGUUCUAGUUCAUUGGAACGGAGAAGGCCCUGGAGCAGCCCUUCUCGCCCUGAGACCCCUUCAUCCCCUAAAAUCACCUUUUCACCUCGGAAACAGCCACCUUCUUCACCAGCCAGAUCUAUUAGCACAAGAGAGGCUAGUCAGGAACAUACUGAAACUUCACAGAGGGGUACCAGUGGUCUGAGGCAGCCAAGUAAAAGCUUUCUCACUAGCUGUAGUAUUAUCCCAAAACCUGUCCUUUCUCAACAACCCACUAGAGCAAAGACUGAACCUAAGAGGUCCUCUCCACCUCACAAGCCCAAAAAUGUCCGACCUAAAAUCAUCACCUACGUCCGCAAGAAUCCUCAAGCAAAGCCAUUAUCUGAAGGACCCUACGAAGUAUCGACUCUUCCGCCCAGACUUACACCUUACACCAGCUCUCCAACCUCAAAAGAACCAAAGGUUGAAGGGUCCAGAUGUUCACCCACGCUGAGCUCUUCUAACAUACUUUAUGAUAAGUAUCAGCAGGAGAUACAGAGGUCAGGGUACUACACCCCUCCAGGACUGAUGGUCUCUGGAAUAAGGCCACCCAGUCACACUGUCCCCCAUAAACUGGUGGGAAAAUCAGAGAGUUUCCACGGGGAGCUGCCAGAUCAAUACGUGCAUGAGGUGGGACAUCUUUAA